UAUAAAUACAACGCAUUAUUAUUCUUCGAGCACACAGACUCAUUUGCUUCCGAAAACCGCGAAGCUAACUCCUAAGAAACACACAUACAUACGAGGUAAAAAAAAGAAAAACAGUACCAUCACCAUUAUCUUCCAAAACAUGACCAAUGAUGUUUCUUGUGUACAAUCGUACGAGCUUGAACAUGAUUCCCACACUCUCAUGAAUGUUUCCGACCACCCAAACAAUAAUCCGUUUCAAAACCCUACUCAUAUCGAUGACGUGAUUCAAUUAUUUGCAUGCGACACGGAAGCGCCUUUGGUAGCGCGUGAGGUGUACGCGCCUCGGAAAUGGAAGCGCUUCAGGGGCGUGAGAAGGCGGCCGUGGGGGAAGUUCGCGGCGGAGAUAUGGGAUCCAAAGAAGAAGAAUGGAAGGGUUUGGCUCGGGACGUAUGAGACUGAAGAGGAAGCUGGUUUAGCUUAUGAUAGAGCUUGUUUCAAGAUGAGAGGUAGUAAAGCAAAGUUGAAUUUUCCACACCUAAUUGGAUCUCACGCGCCGCCUGAGAGAGUGAGUGUGGUGGCCGCACGGAAGCCGAACUCGCCAGAGCCUUGUUUCCUGCCUUCCCCGCCGCCGGUGACCGAAGAUAGCUCACAGCCACAAGGGUUGAAGAAAAGGAGGAACCUAGCUGAUUUACUUAAUAGGUUAGCCAAGAACAGAAGCCAAAGUAUGAGUUUAAAUUGAAAUGAAGCAAAUUAAUCAUCUGUCAAUGUGUUUAAAAGAGAAUAAAAUAAAAUAAACAUGAACCAUUUUAAUUAUAUUGCC